UGAUGGUGUGCCAGUACUGCCAUUAUCAAAAGAGGGAAACAAUUUUUGUUUCAUUUUCAUUGUGAAAUUACACUGACAUGAAAGCACGUUUUAUGAAGAAUCAAAUUUUAUUUGGGAUAGUGAAAAUUGUUGUUUUAUGGGACUAAUAGUGUUCUGUAGCGAAGUACAGAUUUAGAAGUGUUUUAAAAAUGGAGGACCGUCCUAAGGGCAGAGGUGCAGUCCUUUUAAAGCUUUUAAAAGAAAAAGCAGUUGGACAACCAAAACCGGAGGAAACUCCUGCGCCAACAGAGCCUCCCAGGCCUAGAGGAAGAGCAGCGUUGUUGCACCAACUCCAGCAGAAUCGUUUAAAAUCCGUUGGUGCUGCAUCUACUUCAACAGCAGUUACAGCUUCUAGUUCAUCAGAGGCAACAAGUGGGUUAACGGCAAGCAAAGUACAAGAUGUUAUAACACAAAUAUCUGAAUUAAGUUUUGUAGAAAAAGAUGUAGUUAAAUAUAAAGGAGAAGCAGGCAAAUCUAUAAAUGUAUCUGCAAAUUAUAUAAAGUUGCAUGUUGAAAAAGAAAGAGGUGUAUAUGAAUAUGAAGUGAAGUUUGACCCUGAGUUGGAUGCAAAAAAUAAAAGGAUAAAAAUGGUAAAUAUUAUUAUGAGAGAAAUGGGUAGUGCUAAAGUUUUUGACGGAGGUAACGUUCUAUAUCUGCCUCAAAAAAUCACAGAUACCAGUAAAACAUUCAGAGAAACUCUACCUGGUCCAGACGGAGAUCAGGAAAUCAGUACAACUAUAAUUUAUAAACGCAAAAAGAGUAUGGGAGAACGAGAAUGUAUUCCUCAUUACAAAGUUCUCUUCAAAAGAAUUAUGCAUAUAUUACUGUAUACUCAAAUGGGGAAGAAUUAUUUUGAUACAGAGCACAAGUAUCUUAUACCUCAACACAAAUUGGAGGUAUUCCCGGGUUUCGCCAUUACCGUCGAUGAGCUCGAAGACGGAUUGCUAUUAUGUCUUGACACACAACAUCGAGUGCUUCGUACACAAAAUGCGUACGAGCUUUUAAAUGAAUUGAGGUGUUCAGACCCUCGCAGAUUUAAGGAACUUGCUACUGCCAAUAUUAUAGGAUCUUGUAUAUUCACACGAUACAAUAAUAAAACAUAUACAGUGGACGAUAUAGCUUGGGAUAUGUCACCAGUAGAUACCUUCCCCACGAGAGAUGGUAAAAGCAUCUCUUUUGUUGAUUACUAUAAACAGCAGUAUAAUAUUGUUAUCAGGGAUGUUACCCAGCCAUUAUUGAUUAACAGAAAAAAUUUAAAAGUUUCGGGAAGUUCCGAAAAAGUGGAACGCAUGGUCUGCCUGAUACCAGAAUUGUCCUUCUUAACGGGACUGACUGAUACGAUGAGGAGUGAUUUUAGGGUGAUGAAAGACGUUGCUCAAUACACACGUGUAACCCCACAUCAGAGAAUGGCCGCCUUACGCACAUAUCUAUCUAGCGUCAAAAAUUCCGAGAAGGCUCAGCAGAUUCUAAACGAGUGGGGAUUAAGAAUUGACGGGGGAACAAUAGAUAUGCGCGCUCGGCAACUAGAUAACGAAACGAUAUGGUUUGGCGGAGACCAGACACACAGGACCAAUAACAAUGCGGACUGGACCAGGGCCGUCGGUGAAAACCAGGUGACUGGCCCUGUAGAUAUGAUCAAUUGGAUCGUAUUUCAUACGGAGCGUGACACCAAAUAUGCCAAAGAUUUCAGCGAUACUAUGACGAGGCUAGGUGGAGUGAUGGGAUGUACGAUCGCUUAUCCCAGAAUUAUAAAACUAGCCGAUGAUAGGACCGAAACGUACAUGAACGCUUGCAGACAAUAUAUUGCCAAAGAAGUACAAAUCGUAGUAUUCAUUUGCCCCUCGAUGAGGUCGGACCGCUACGCCGUCAUCAAAAAAAUCUGCUGCACACAGAUUCCCGUGGCGUCCCAAGUGAUAAAUUCCAGGACUUUGUCCAACCCCCAGAAAGUCAGGGCCAUAAUUCAGAAGAUAGCAUUGCAGAUGACCUGCAAAUUAGGGGGUACCCUGUGGACGGUACGGUUCCCGUUCAAAGGAUGGAUGAUUUGCGGGAUCGACGUCUACCACGGAUCGAAAGAUAGUUCGGUUUGCGGCUUUGUGGCGAGCCUUAACGAAAGCAUUUCAAGGUGGUUCAGCCUUGCACUUUUCCAGAGUCAAGAACUGGGCGACUUUUACAAGUUAGCGUUUACAAAAGCCGUAGAGACGUGGCGCAACGAGAACGGAUAUUAUCCCUCGAAAGUCGUCAUUAUAAGAGACGGCGUCGGCGACGGUCAAUUGGAGCACUGCCGACGGUACGAAAUAGAACAAUUCGAGAGCUGCUUGAAGGAGUUCGAAUUGGAAACUAAAUUGUGUUUCAUCGUGGUCCAGAAAAGGAUUAACACCAGAAUCUUCGCCUUAGGGCGGGAGAGUGCGGAAAAUCCUCCUCCCGGAACCGUUCUGGACCAUACCGUCACUAGACGGUACAUGCAGGACUUUUUCUUGGUUCCUCAGAACGUGCGUCAGGGCACAGUGAACCCCACUCAUUACAUCGUCCUUCACGACACGUGCAAUUUGAAGCCAGAUCACACCCAAAGACUGUGCUACAAACUUUGUCAUUUGUAUUACAAUUGGUCCGGCACCAUAAGAGUGCCCGCGCCCUGCCAGUACGCCCAUAAACUGGCGGCCUUGGUGGGCCAGCACAUCAAGAAAGCCCCGAGUGCAAGCCUCGCCGAUAAACUUUUUUAUUUAUAAGUUCUUUUCGUUCCUCACAGUUAUGUUUUGUUUUUUCUUAGUUUCGUUUAGUUUAUGGAUGUUUUUAUACAAGGUGUUUUAGAAUAAAUAAUAACACAGCCCAGUAUAUUUUCUCUGAGUGAAUUUUUCAUACAACUUUGCUAUGAAAAUUACUGUGAAAUUUUCGUCUGAAUAAAAAUGCUAUACAGGGUGAUUUGUGAAAACUUUCGAUAACUUGAUUGAGAUUUCAAGUAAAAUUUUUCCAAAGCAAAUUGUAAAUGGUGCUGCAGUUGAAGGGAAAUUUUUUUAGAAAUGUUUUUUCUGCACCACCCUUCAGUUUUAAUUUAAUUCCGUGGGUUAUGAUCUAAAAUUUUCUUUAAUUAGUUUUUAACUAAAAUUAUUACAAGUUUUAAAAAUUUUGGUAAUGGAAUACCUAUUUCAAGAAUUGGAUUUUCAAACUGUUGACAGACUUUAAGGAACAAAUCUUUGAACAUGAACAUGGAUCCGUAUAUCGAUAGUUUGGGAUAAUUAAAAAAAAAAAUCUUAAAAUAUUUCUGAAGAUGUUCAAUUAGGAAUGAUAAUUUUUAAUGCAGAUUGAUGGAACUCAGUGUAAUGAUUUAUGUAAUUAAAGAUAAAAAAUCCACUAAAUCUUCUUUUACAGUUUGCCCAUGUAUUUAACACCCUGUAUACACAAUUUUUUUGAAUUCAAAUGUGAUGCAGGAAACCGCUUUGCAAAUUCCUGAAAAAAGACUUAUUUUGACUUCAGCACCACCUAAUUUGCUUUAAAAAAAUUCCAGUUGAGGUCUCGAUUGACCUUAUGGAGCAUGUCUAUCUACCGGCAUUUACAAAAUCCAGAAAUCUUUUUUCCAACUAUUUAGUGUUAAUUUAUCACGUGUUAUAUUGAAACAUCUUGUAUAUAUCUGGUUCAGAAUUUUAUGUUGAUUUAUUUGAUGAAGAUUAAGUUUAUGUUUUAAGGUAUUAUGUGUUUUAAUUUUUUUUGUUCUUUAACAUCAUUCUCUUACUGAUGCUUAAAAGGUACAAAUUUCAGGUCUUUAAAGUUUAAAUAAAUGUCAUAUGAACUUUAAUGCGGAGUAUUAAAACAUGUACUUAGAAAAAAAUGCCGUAACUGUUUUUCGAUGACUUCCAUCUCCAUAAAAUUUAAAAAUUAGUAAAAGUAAUUUCAGUUAUAAAUAUUAGUAUUAAUAUUUUGAUUUUGAUCUUGUGUUCAGCGUUUAAUAAGAAUUUAAAUCGCAGCUUGUAAAUAUAUUUGCAUAUUUAUAAGCAGUGCACAUUUUAUUUACGUAUGACUAGACUGUAAUAUUGUUAGUUUUUUUAUGAGAAUAUGAGAAUAUUUUUUGUAUUAAAAUUUUGUAGAAA